GAGACCGUUGCGACAGAACCUAAAAUGACGCUCCCGAAACCCUUCUCUCGUGCCCGGUGUUCGGCGUGGUGGAUCGCUGACACCGGCCGAGCAAAUUCGCUCGAGCGCCGGUGAGCAGGACGGCCGGCCGGCGACGCAAAACCCGCACGGGAGCCGCUUUGGACUCUUUCUCGCGGCGGGCGUUCGUCCCGUACUGCCGACGAGUGUUGUCAGGGCAGAACGAUGCAUCGCACCGAUUCCGCGAGAGCGCUACGACACGCGAGAUUGGCUGCAAAGCCAGCAAAGCCGGCAAAGCGGUUCUAAAACGCCGAAAACACGGCGCCUCGUGGCGUCCGCGUCGACGCGUUGCGGCUCGGGCGUCCAUAGCCGCUCGCACGAGUGCUACGAGCCGGGGAGGCCCUCCUCCAAUGGGAGAGGGCGAAAAUCGCGCGUCGCACGAUUGGGCCAAUAGGAGCGCUGGCGGCGCUGCCACUCAGGGCCACGCCCCUGCACGCUGCUUCAACGCCGCUCGGAAAGUUUCCUGGCGACGACAGUCGCGUUUGUUUGCCAGCGGCGUCGAAACGCGCAACUUGGCUACUUGGUCCGAUCUCUGCGAGUGUCCGCGUCUAGUCAGCGAGCAGCAGCCGGCGAGGCAGGUCGAAUGUUGUGAGCGCUCUUUCGCCAAGCCGAACCUCGUGGAUGUGCGGAGGGAGGAAAGCGCCAAGGAUGCCGCAGCACCGCGAGAAUCGAGUAGUCCGGCCGGACGAGCACGCCGCCGCGGCGCCGCAGUAUCACCCCGCCCGGUUCCCGGCAGUCAUGGAGAACUUGGUGUCGGCGUGCUGCGUCCCGACGGGCUGUCACCUCGAGCAGGUGAUCCACAUGGACGACCUGAACAACACCGUCAAGGUGAUCUGCAACAACGAGCAGUGCUCGCAGGGCCAGUACAUGCACCGGCUCUGCUUCGACGAGUGGGAGAGCUCCGUGCUCACUUUCCUGCGCUCGACGGGACGCGCGCGCUCGUGGAGCGAGAAGCAGCGCAUGCAGAACCUCUGGACCAAGAAGGGCUACGACCUGGCGUACAAGGCGUGCGGCUGCCGCUGCGGCAAGGGCCACCUGCGCAAGGACCUCGACUGGACGCCGCCGGCCGCCGCGCGCGGAGACGACAAGAAAAAGAAGCAGCGCAAGAAGAGGGCCAACGACAAGCCCGUGCUGUCGCUCAACGGCGCCGCAACCGCCGCGGCAAAGCCCGGACAGGUGCCACAGCCGGGCGUGCCGGUGACGCGGCUACGCAGCUCGAGCAUGUCGAGCACGGGCUCGGGAGGCUCGCCGCCGAGCUCGUCGUCCGAGUUCCCGCCGUCGCCGACGCACGCCAAGCGCGGAUCGACGGCGUUCUUCCCGGACCGCGAGCGGCACGGCUCCGGCGGCCUGUUCUGCCGGCGCCAGGACUACUCGUCGUUCAACACGCUGCCCUGGCACAAGAUCAACUCGUACAACAUCAAGAUGGAGGACGAAGGCGGCUCGGACGACAUGCGCUGCUUCAUCCUGUCCACGCUGACGGCCAACAAGAUGUCCCGCAUCCCGUGCAUCCUGUGCCACACGCAGAUGAACGUGUUCGACCGGUACCCCCUGGUCGACGGCACGCUGUUCCUGUCCCCGCGACAGCACAGCGCGGGCGCCGUCCAAGUGCGCAUCGACGAGCGGCCGCAGUUUCUGAACGCCGUCUGCAUGACGUGCCUGGAGGGCUGGCAGGGCCGGUUAGCGUGCCGGGGCUGCGGCUCGCGCUGGAACGGCCGACACCUCAUUCUGGGCACCAUGUACGCGUACGACAUCUUUGCCGCCACGCCGUGCUGCGAGUUCAGGCUCCGGUGCACCAACUGCCACGAACUGGUCAUCGGCGCGGACCGGUCGCUGCAGUACUUCAGCGACUACAGCCACAGCGUGUGCUGCGCCCACUGCGGUGCCACGGACUACCACUUUGUCAAGCCGCUGAACACAUACGUGAGGGUAUGAGCUCGUUUCUUCUCCGAGUGCGUGCUGUUUACCUGGACCCGAGUGUCCGCCUGGCCUCCGAGGAUCCAGGUAACUUUCUCAUUUCCCUUCCCGAGUUUUAUCCCCCCAACUGCGCGAUUGUUUGUCGCCGGGUGUUUCUGUCGGUGUUGUUCUGUUGGAUACGUGUCGCGCGACCGCAGCGUCUCCCGGCCCCCCCUCCCUUCCAUGCGCCUGUUUGUUCCGUUCGCCGGCGAAGGGCGCCCCGGGAAGCCGGUACGGCUUUUCAAGGUCGCGCCUGCCCACAUGCUCCGACAGAACCUCUUUUUCAUUUUUGGUUCUAUUUUGUCUUCGGGCGGCGAGCGAGGGACGGGCUUUCCGAUCUAGUUCACUAGUUUCACCCCCUUCUUAUUAGUUCUUUUUUUUUCCUCUCGGUGCGCUGCAAGUUGCUCAGUGUGCGCAGGGCACCGUUGGUUUUCAUAGUUUAUCACCCCUCGUUGUGUUUUUGUAUAUCUAUUUUGAGGUGUUUGUUUUCCCUCCCCUAUUGGAAACCAGCCUAGGGUUGUCGGUUUUUUUGUUUUUUUUUCCUCGUCCCCCUCAUUUUUUUUCCCCCAGUAGUCGUGGUCUUAGCAAUCAUUGUCGUGAUGUUUCUCCGAGCGGUUGCCCACUCUGUUCUUGUUUGGCUGUUUCUUUUUUUCGUUGAUCGCGACCAAACUCAAUUGUCGUGUGUUCCGAUCGAGCCAAGCAAGCAGUGAACCGGUGUUGUUUUCUUUUCUUGGGUGCCGUGUUGCUCGUCAUGAAACGAUGGAAUGCUAAAAGAAAACAGCAAAGAUUGUGUCGGUUUGGCCAAGUACAAAGAUCGCCCUUCAUCGAUACGUUCGUUCACAUCAUGCAUCUCAUGCCAUCUGAAGUGUGUUGUUCCGUCGGUUGCCGUAGUGGUUCGUGCGUCUUUUCCGUGUCGGUGUCGUGUAUAUGUACAUAACUCGUUGUCGGCGAGAGCAGAGGCAGAGAUCUUGUUCUCCGAGCAUUGUGUGCCGAAAUGGAGCAUAGUGUGCUCCGUUUUGACGACGCCCAAGUGACGGUGUGUGUGUUGGCCCGCUCAUUCCCGUUUCCCUACCACGAAACGCACAAUUUUUGGGCGGGGUGAGCGCGCCUGCCAAGUGUGUUGUUUGCAGGUCGACAAGCUUUAUUUCUUUUUUUCUUUUUCUCGAAUCCCGGUGAGGCGGUAGUGAGACAGGUUGUAACGAUAUCAAGACUCGGUAUUUUUUUACGCAAGACUCUUCCUGCCCCCAUUUCGUAACGCAAACCCAAGCUGUCCGCAGGAACGUAGACGUACUGCCCUCAGCCAAUGUCUGUCUAUACUGCCUGCUGCUCAAAAUCUCCGUUUCCCGGCCAUCGCAACUCUUUUCUUUUCUUUUUCUUGUUGGAGCAGCUUCUUUUCUUGUUUCUUUUUUUACGAGGCGCUUUGGCGUGUCGACUCGUUCCAGCUUCAGGUGUUUGCCGGCUUUCAGGUGUAGCGUUAGAUAUGCACGCCGUGAUGACUUCGCCUGGAAGUAUGACCGCUCCCUGUCUGGUGAUUUGUUUGGUAACUGGUUGCAUUCGGAUAGCUCUAGGCCUCAGCUGCGGUCUCUAAGAGCAGGCUAUGCAAUAAAAAGGAAAAAAAAAAAAAAAGAGGAGGCUGCCGGAAGGAGAGAUUGCUUGUCGUAGUUUUCUAUGUAGAGCUCCUGCGGUGCUGCUGCCAUUUGCUGGGACUUUCUCUCGUGAUAUCCUGUGUGCAUGUGCGUUGCUAUUUCCCCCUGAAAGAGACACUUUUCGCGCCCGCUGGUGAUUUUGGGAUGGCGGAAUGUGAUUUGUUUUUUUGUUCCUCCCGGCUUUGCUUCGUGGCAUUGUUUCCUUCUGGUCAGGUGCAAGGUUAUUUUUUUAUUUUUGUGGAGGGAGGUUAGAAAAGUUGCCUGAUAUCGUGCGCCGUUGUGGGUGACGGCUGUUUUCAUUUUUGCCUUUUUUAUUUCUUGCGGCAAGAUGCUGGUUCUAUCGCUGACAUGCCAGCCUUUUUUUGGUUUGAUUCUCAGUUACUGGACAGGAAAGAUGUUGUCAGUGUAUGCUGUUAUCAGUUGUUGCAGUUUGAUCCCCGCCCUGUACAUUCACUGUUGCUUCAUGUUUGGCCUCCUCACCCGUCUUUGUACUUUGAAAGGGACGAACCAGACGACCUUUUCGCACACCGGGGGCACAUGGGGGGGAAAAAAAUCGACGAAGCUUUAAAGUGUACAUAAUGCGACUAUUUUGUAUUCGUAUGCUGACGCAAAGGUGUAGAACUAAAAAAAAAAAGUGUUUCGAAGAGACUCGGCACAAAACUUCUUUUUGCGUGACGGUGUGAUGUGCACAGAACAUACAAGAUACUCUUCCACGACUGCACAUUAGAGUUCCGUGGGGUGUAUUUUCUAACGCCUUUGCAAAAGAAAAUGUAAAAAAAAAAAAUGCAUGGGACCUUUUUUUUUUUUGUAAUCCCCCCCCCCCCCCCCCCUUUUUUUUUUUUGGAACAAGCAUUCCGUAUUGCUCGAAGCAGACAAAAAGAUGGGACGCAUUAUUUUUCACCCUGAAACCUUUCGCAGGAGCAUAAAUUUAUUGUCCAAUAAAAACAUAAGCGGAUGUUUAAAAAAAAAAACUGAAACUG